CUCUCACGCGUUAAAUUAAGUUAACGAAAUCUAGUGCUAACCUCGAAGAUGCAGUUCACGUCGUCUUGUUUCUGCUAAUGCUGUUAAGCAUUGAUCCGGCUCCAACGGAUAAAUGCUGUCAGUGUGAUCGAUUGGCGUUACAAUUAGAGCCCCGUAAAACAUACCGCAUCUGGCUAGGAAGUAUACCUACAGCGGGUUUCUGACAGCUGUUGGAUUAAAGCCAGUUUGAAUUUCGCUUUGAUAAGGUUGUUUCUGUUCGCGAAGUUAGUAUUGUGGCGUGUUAAUAAAUACUGGAGGUCCAGAACUAACGACAUGAUAAUGGAGCCGCAACGAAAGGCUUUCCGUUGGCCCAUUUUUAAGAUUGAUACUUGGGCGUACCAAGAGAUUCUGAUGGAAGCCAUCGUGGUGCUGUGGUUCGCCAUCCAGAUUUCGUUCAAAUUCGGCUUACGAGUCCUUCCGGAUUGGCAAACGAGUCGUGUCGAUCCUAGCGUGCAUGCCGGUUUGGAUUGGCUAUUGGAUCUAAUCGGAAUCAAACUGAGCGGAUGCGCGUGGGAUGAUAUUGUUGCCAUAUGGAUGGAAACCUCGGCCCUCAACGCAUCCGGUUUCCAUACAACAUCAAUCGGCUUAAAUUCGACGCACUCGCCCUACUCACUGUUCGCGUACGCCGGCGCCAUAGCCACCGUGUGCGCCACCGCCCUUUUGGGAGUAUCGGUGGCCGUGUGUCUACUGUUUAAUCUCCAUUGGAAAUCACCUCCGAACCCAAAACAUGACGUUAUACCUUUUUGGCACGGUAGCUUGAAUUACUUGUCCCUCCUCGGUUACGCCAAAUGGCUCCAGCCACAUGCCAGUACUUGUUGGCCAAGCAUCUGGCGUGCUCAGUUCAUGCUGGUCCUGUUGGUUAUGCUGAUGGGUUGGAUCGUCGCCAUCGGUAUUUUGCUGUUGUGGACAGUUGCUUAUGUGCUGGUAGUGGUUUCUGCCAUGGGCGUGGUGGCUGCGGUGUCGAUCGGUGUCAUGGGCGUGCAGGCUGUGUACCCGUGCUGUGUUUUUCUAACCUGCUUCUUAGCCUUGCACUGUACCGGAAGAAUUUGGGGAUUGUGGAUGGAUCAGACAUACUCCGACUGGUUAUGCAGAAAAAUCAGAAAAGGAAGCUCAUAUCAAUCGUUUACGAAGACUUCAAUACCGGAAACCAGCCUCAUGAUUCCCGAUGGGAAAUUUUCACGACCGGCCACCGCCAGCACCGAUGAAACGUCGUAUGCAGCGGUUGUCGGAUGUUUCGUUGGCUGCAUCGCGGUAGCUUGGAACAUAUAUCACGUCUUCGUGGGAUCGCACACCUUUGCGGCCACGGCGAACUACUUGGGUCUGCCCACCUGGGCAUACUGGAUAAGUGGAAAUGGUAGCGCCUGCUCCGCUACGGGUAUUACUGCCACUGGUUUAGGCUAUAGUGGUGCCAUGUGGUCGUACUGGGAGGACAUGCUCUUAUUGCCCUUUGCCCGGAAACGGGGCAUUCUUCUCGUAAAUUAUCCGGCACCAUCGAGUUGGGGAGCGUCCUUGGUAUUCCAAAUCUGGACCGUGUUCAUUAUGAUCGGCAGCAUGACUCCGUUACUCGCCAUGGUGCUCUCCGUAUUUGGUGUGGUUGGUUGGAUGCUCUUCUAUGGUCCUAAAUACAUCGAACUGCUCCUGGCAACCAGAUUCUGGGAAAGCGAAAAGGGGUAUAGUCAGGAGCACGGUACGACUGGCGAUCCGCCGCCAUAUACCGCCAUAAGCCAACCUCCGGAAAUCAAAAGCGAUGCGGAAAAUAAAGGUCAAGGUUCCCUUCCACUCGUUCCCGCCGGCAGUCAGCCUUCCUGUCAGCGCUGCAGCGUUGCACGCCAUGUCCUAGUGUUUAUGCGCCAAAUGAUGUGCUGGGUCUGGCUUCCUUUUCCAGCUACGCAGUUUUUCAUGGGAGAAAAGCUCCAGUUACCGGGCAUGUUGGUUCUGCUGACUAUCUAUCUCCUGUGGAUCUUUGUGCAUUUGAUUAAGGAGACGAAGAUGCCGGUGGAAGAAAAUACACUGGAUGUGACAUACCAGCCCAGUACCGACGGUGCUGGGAAGAAGAUCACUCUGCAUAUCAGUGGUCACGGGGGCAGUGGAAAGCAGUUGAGUGUGGAGACGAUUGGCCUGCCAAAAGGAGCCGUGAAGGCGGUCCAAAGUCCGUGUGAGCUGUGGGAAUGGGAAAAAGACCGGAUUGUUAUUACUAUCGAUAGGAACGCACUGUAAACUCGGUAAAAUUAAAUUAUCAGACAUAUGCUUUAACCGUAAAUGUACGACAAUUCGCUGAAAUGAUUCGCAGAUUUAUUUUCGUGUGGCAUUGUAAUGGUAAGUAUCGUCACUAUGGCGUCUGAUUUGUGAGCCAAACAGGCGAAUUUGCGCUACAGGAUGUAGUGUACGUUCUUUAUAGUUAUAAGAAGUUUAACCUUUUUUGGAAUAAUCCAACGUUUUCACUACUCAUUUUCGGUUUUUAUUAUUCACUGUAAUUCACCUAACGGUGCAGUUGGAAGGUUUGUUCGCUUUUACUCGUAAUCGAAAGUCCCGUUAUACAGUCGCUAACGAUACAGGAUGUUUGUUUAUUUAUGCUUCUGAGUCUAGAUUUCCAUCGUUAUAAUAAAUG